GAACGGCUCGACGCAUAUCUUUCUUGAUCUCAGCAAUCCUCCCCCCCAGGAAUUAAUGUCUCACUGACCUCUCCAGCUUCUUUCUCCUUUUCCCGCUCUUUCUUGUACAUCCUUUUCUGCUCCCAGCUUCUGCUUCUGCCUCGAUACUUUCGUUGAUCCUGCCGUAGUUCCCCGGAGCCACUUGGGCAGAGACCUUGGCAACUCCUACACUUUGACCACAUUCCUUAAGCUCAAAAAGCGUUCGACCUGCUGGCCUAGGUCGCUGAACUGUUGAAAAAAGAGCUUGCAUUUUUGUCCGGGACGCGGGAGAAGGAAAAAAACCCCUCCAGAAAUCCGAUUACCAAAAAGAUGGCGGUUGCACAGUUAGUCUCUCUCUUCGAGACUCUACACGAAGAAGCAUCCAUUAAACCCAGGCCCAGGAGCUUUCGCAGCCACACCUCGUCGUCGAAGGUCCGUCUCCAUCUCCAGACCAUCUUCAGCCACAAUCCUCUGCACCGAUCGUCAGCAAAGAGCCCCUCGAGCGGCAACAUGACCUCGUCCUCGUCCACAUCCUCGUCCGUCAGAUCCUCGCCGAGUUCCUCCUAUAGCAGCUUCGGCGGCCGACGACGAGUACCUACCAACGACCUUGAUUCAGCCAUCCUCUCCCCGAUUUCGGCCCUGUCGAGCCCUAACAUCCGCCGCCAACCCUCUGCCAUCGACCUGGCCCUCGAAGCUGAACGGUACGCCGACGAAGCCGAGAUCAUCGGGCUGGGCCUGUUGGAACCCAGACCCCGAGCGAACACGGGUGCCUCGACGGCGUCGUCCGCACAGUGCUCGAUGAUGGAGUUCAUGAGUGAGACCAUGCAGACGCCCGUGGUGUUGGACGGUAUCUUUGAGGUCAUGGAACGUGCAUGAUGAUAACAGACACUGAAGAGGCCAGACGGAUCAGUCUGACCCCUUUGCAUGGCACUUCCGCCCUUCAAUUCGGUAGUCCAUGGGUCCAACUGAGGACUUUUUUUUGCUUCUUCGACGGUUCUUGGGAGGGCGCUUGGAAUGUACAACGAAAGUUAUGAUGUAUGCAAAAUGAGCAUGGAAAUGCUUUUUCUUUUGAUUCUUGACGGCAUCCUGGGAAAUGGUGGCAGUGAGGAACAGGAGGUCAUGUAUUUUAUGAUACCAACUUAUAGCACGCUAAUACAGAGGCACAGAGAGCGAUCUUGGACGUCAAGGAAGGCCUUUCUUUUCUUUCUUUUUGUCAGGGUAAAAUGAA